AUGCACUGCAAGACUGCUCUCUUCCCUCUCUUCGUCGCCUGUACUCUUGCUAUCCCCGCCGUGGUCCCUCUCGAAACGGGUAUUGUGACCGUCAAGGGACACAACAACCUCAAAGGCACGGGGGUGGGGUUGACCAGCGGGCAGAAGUACCAGCUGUCGAGCGUCUACAAUGAGGAUCAACAUUGGACUUUCAUCCCGCCCUUCGAGCAGGAGUACCACGCGGUACAAAAAUACCAGGUCGUCAAGCAAGGCGGUGGCCGGGUGUACGAGUCCAAGUACAAUGUCUAUUGGACUUGGGACCCGAUCCAGGGCAUGGUGUAUCGCUUCGAGCGCGGCGAACUUCCGUGCUUCUAA